UCAUCUCCACUUCCGUUUCAUAAUUUCCUUCAAAGAAAAUGGGUUGGCUUGCUCACUUUCUCAGCUUCCUUUUGUUUCACUUGCAUUUUCAUGCUUCUUCUUCUCUAUCUUUUUCUUUCAAUUCCUCAUCUUCAGCAAUGUUGUGCCAACAUGACCAAAGUCUUGCCUUGCUCCAAUUCAAGAAAACCUUUUCCAUUAGAAGUGAUGCCUCUCCCCGGGAAUCGGAUUUCCCUUAUCACCCUAAGCCUUAUCCCAAGACAGUGUCUUGGAAAGAGGGCACAGAUUGCUGCUCGUGGGAUGGGAUCACCUGUGACUUAGAAACAGGUAAUGUAAUUGGCCUUCACCUUUCUAAUAGCUUGCUCUUUGGUACCAUCUAUUCUAACAAUCCUCUUUUCUUCCUUCAUCAUCUCCAAAGCCUCGACCUCUCCUACAAUGAUUUCAACAAUUCUCACCUUUCACCUCAGUUUGGCCAGUUUUUGAAUUUAACGUAUCUUAAUCUUAGCUCUUCUAAUUUUGUGGGGCAAAUUCCUUUAGAAAUUUCUUAUCUAUCAAGUUUGGUAUCUCUUGAUCUUUCUUGGAACGAUUUUUUGAUACUAGAAACCAUUAUUUUUAACAAGCUUGUUCAAAACCUAACCCAGUUACAGGAAUUGGACUUGAGUUAUGUAAACAUGUCUUUGGUUGCACCUAGUUCCUUGAUGAAUUUGUCUUCUUCUUUGACUUCUCUCAAACUUUGGCAUUGUGAAUUGCACGGAAAAAUCCCAGAUAUCAGUCAUCUAUCCAAAUUGGUUACACUUCAUCUGUUAUUUUUUGAUUCCUAUGGUGGUUUGAUGAUAGAAAUAGAACCAAUGACCUUUGACAGGCUUGUUAGAAAUCUUACCAAGAUAAGAGAAUUUCAUUUAGAUGGUGUAAACAUGUCGAUGGUGGCACCUAGUUCUUUGAUGAAUCUCUCUUCUUCUUUAUCAUCACUUGCUCUCGAGGUUUGUGAAUUGCAAGGGAAAUUCCCAGACAACAUAAUUCAACGACCAAACCUCCAAUUGCUCGCUUUAUCGGGCAAUGAACAUCUCACUGGCUCCUUACCUCGGCAUAAUUGGAAAAACUCGCUCCGGCACUUGGAUCUUUCAUGGACAAAAAUUCCAGUAUAUUUAGACUAUGAUUUUGUCGGAAAUUUAAAGUCUUUAGGAACUCUGUAUCUCAGUGGCUGCAACUUUAGAGUUUCAAAUUUGGAAUUGCUAGGUGAGUUGACUCAACUCACUGGGUUGGACCUUUCCAAUAAUAGUUUCACUGGUCAAAUUUCAUCCUCAUUUGGAAGCCUUAAGCAACUCUCCUCAUUGUACCUCUCCUAUAACAAUUUUAAUGGUCAGAUUCCCUCUUCAUUUGAAAACCUUAAACAACUUCGUUUCUUGGGCCUUGAUAACAACAAUCUCAGUGGUGAAAUUCCUAAUUAUUUUACGAACUUCACACAACUUUUUUGGUUACUUUUAUCAAAUAAUAGGUUUACAGGCCCCAUCCCUGUCCAAUUAGGCAGACUUUCAUGUCUAUAUGCCCUGGAUUUGUCCAAUAACUUAUUAAAUGCAACAAUACCACCCUCUCUGUUCAGCCUGCCUCAGUUGGAAACUUUAAUCCUCAAGAAUAAUGAACUCACCGGUCAUCUAGGUCCAUUCCAAGAUAAUUCAUUGAGUUAUAUUGAUUUGAGCAAUAACAAGUUGCAUGGCCCAAUUCCAAAUUCAAUUUUCAAACUUGUGGACUUGACUGUUCUCAUUCUUUCAUCCAAUAACUUGACAGGAGAAGCCUCUUCUGCUGCUUGCAAGCUAAAAUCUCUUCAAAUUCUUGACUUGUCAAACAAUAGUUUGAACGGCUUCAUCCCACAGUGUUUGGGAAAUUUUAGCAACAAUCUUUCAGUGUUGCAUUUGGGCAUGAACAAGUUUCAUGGAACCAUCCCUGAAACAUUUUCAGUAGGCAGCAGCUUGAGAUAUUUGAACUUCAAUGGCAAUCAAUUACAGAGGAAAAUACCACUGUCCAUCUCCAAUUGUAGAAAUUUGGAAAUAUUAGAUCUUGGAAACAAUAAUAUAGAUGACUCAUUCCCUCAUUUUCUAGGAACUCUUUCGAAGCUGCAAAUUCUAAUUCUAAAAUCCAAUAAACUCCAUGGUUUGGUGAAAGGGUCCACUGCCAAUUAUUCGUUCUCAAAGCUACGAAUUUUUGAUCUCUCCAGUAACAUGUUUAGCGGACCUUUACCUGCAGAGUAUUUCAAUAAUUUCAAAGCAAUGGUGAACUCUGAUGUGAAAAUGGAAUACAUGCGGGAUCCAAAUAAUUCUUAUGAUUAUUCUGUGAGUCUGACACUCAAAGGAUUGGAGAUUGAGUUGGUGAAAAUCCAAACGCUUCUUACAACCAUUGAUUUGUCUAGUAAUAAAUUCACAGGAAAAAUCCCACAGUUGAUUGGAAAGCUUAAAGCACUUAAGCAACUCAACUUAUCUCACAAUCAACUCACAGGCAAUAUUCAACCAUCAUUGGGGAAUUUGAGCAAUUUGGAAUCACUAGACCUCUCUUCAAAUCUUUUUGUUGGAAGGAUUCCCAUGCAAUUGGUAGAUUUGACUUUUCUACAGGUAUUUCGCGUUUCACACAAUCGACUUGAAGGACCCAUACCUGAAGGAAAUCAAUUCAACACAUUCGACAACACUUCAUAUGAGGGAAAUUUGGGAUUAUGUGGAUUUCCGCUAGAAAAAUGUAACAGCAGAGAGAGCCAACAAUCAGCAGCAUCAAAAGAAGAUGAUUCUGAGUCUAAAAUCGGAUUUGGGUGGAAAGUUGUGUUGGCAGGGUAUGGAUGUGGGGUAAUAUUUGGUAUAGCAAUGGGGUAUGUUGUGUUCAAAACAAGAAAUCCUGCAUGGUUUGUGAGGAUGGUUGAAGGGUAUCAAAAGCCGAAAAGGUUCAAAAAUUAAGAUAGUUCACAUAACAGAGACUUACAAAUGGAAUUAAAGUUUUCAGGUAAUAUUUUACAAUAUUUCUUGUUUCAUAAUCUCUGCUUCAUAUACCAACACAAUUUUUUUUUUCAAUCAUUCUUAUUGAUUGUUAAUUGGCACUAUACUUGACCUUAUUUUUCCGUUAAGAAGAAGAAUUAUGAGCUUGCCUCAUUAUGAUUGCAAGAAAGUAUCCAUUUGGCAUAAAAUUUAUACAGUUUUUAUUUCUUUUGUAGUAAAUUCUUACUUUGUUAGCUACAUUACAGCCAAGCAGAGAUGCAAUCUGAGAUGUAUUGUGCAGGAAGUCUAUGCAUAGCAAUAGCUGGAUCAGAAUAGCAGCUCUAGAGUGAGGGACAAAUCUGGAGUCAGAAUUAUAGAUUAAAGUUUCUGUUGUUGUACUUCUUUCUUUCUGUUGUUUUCGUGAUAGAUGCGGAUUUUCCACAAUUAUAUUCGUUGGGAAUUGGUGUGGAAAUUAUUUAUAAUUUAAUGUUGUAAUGUUUGGACUGAGUUCCAUUCUAAAUUGGACUAAUAAAUGGAAGCUUAUCAAUAA